AUGUGCAGACCGCUGCCUGACUCUACGUCGUUUGCCAGCAAUCUUGACAACCGGUUUCUUCGAGGAGAAAAAGUGUACAAAUUUGAUAAUCUUACCGAUCAGUUCGAAGGGCGAUUCGUGAUUUUGUCUUUGAGCUCAAAUGGACUGGUCCUCUGUUGGAGGCAAUUAGAGGUUACUGGUGAAGUAAGACUUUGUCAAGCAAUCUAUGUUGAUGAAAUUAUUGAUGUUUUCAUUGGAUGCUCAAUUGAGAGUGGUAAACAAAAGGCUGUACAACAAAAGGUUGACAGUCACAUAAAACGGAUAUUUGCGGGUACUUUUACUGCUGCAACGUGUACAUUUAAUUCGUGUUUUUUUACUGUUACGUAUGGGACCGAUCUCGUUAAUCCAAACGCAAUUACUUUUUUAGCAGAUUCUGACACUUCAGCAAAGGUUCAGUGGCUUAUUGAAAUUCGACGUUUGUCUGUAAAUCUAAGGAAGGAAUUGCCUCUUGUUGGUGCAUUUUUCUUUUGGCAAAGAUUGUUUGCAAAAAUUAGGUAUUCGUCUAUUGAUGACCGUAUUACGAUAAACGACAUUGUGGAUCAUUUAAUACCAGCAAAAAACAAGGAGGAGAGGAAGGAAAUCGAGAAAUCUCUGAAAUCUGUUGAACCCUUCAAUGAAAAGAAAUCAAUUCGUCCAUCCGAUAUUAACGAUGAAUUUAUCUUUAACUGUUACUGUGCCGUUCUCGGAAGGAACGAAGUCGUUGAAAUUUACAAUCGGGGGUUUGAUGGGGAAAAAUAUGUCACUCCUGAACGUUUUGCAGCUUACCUGAAAAGGGAACAUUACGACACAAGGUUAAAUUUGAUAUUGAAUCCUCCUCACAAUGCUGAAAGCGCGGCAGCGUUGAUUAAGGAUCUAAGUCCAAAAGAAAACUCACUGACUGUGAAGACGUAUCUUCGGUUUUUGAUCAGUCAGUAUAAUAUCAGUAUGCUAAGGGAUCACUUGCUCUUGAAAGAAGACAUGAGAAAACCGCUGUCACACUACUUUAUAUGGAGUUCACAUAAUACUUAUUUGAAAGGCUACCAAGUGAAUUCAAAAAGCUCUGUUGAGAUGUACCGGUACGUGUUGUUGUUAGGUUGUCGAUCGGUGGAGCUUGAUUGUUGGGACGGCUCCAAUGACGAGCCAAUCGUUACUCACGGCCCAUCUCAGCUGACACGUGUAACGCCCGUUUCUUUUAAAGAUGUUGUUAAAGCAAUUGCCGAGACAGCGUUUAUAACGUCAGAAUUUCCUGUAAUCUUAUCUUUUGAAAACCACUGUAACCUCAAACAACAAAAGAAGAUGGCUGCUUACUGUAGAGAAAUUUUUGGUGAUCUUUUGUUAACAGAGACCUUGGCCGAUUAUCCAUUGAAGCCUGGCUAUCCUUUACCAUCACCAUGUGUUCUCCGGCGAAAGAUUUUAGUGAAAAAUAAGAAGUUGGAUCGGCGCGGCAUUUGUGCUUCAUUUAGACGCGCUAGAAGUGAGUUUUCGAAACAUUUAUGCAUAACGAAACAGGAUUCUCUAGAAUCUAGUGGGAGCGACAAAGCAUUUCCUGAAAGUGAAUAUGAGCAACGCCUGCCUACGUCAAUGGAACCAAAUGAAUCGAGCGAGGAGAAAGAUGUAUCAUUGUUACUUGAGCCAGAAGAUAUCUUAAUUUCGAACGGCGGAUCGACUGUUCCACCAUCUCCUCAAGGUGAUGAGAAGUUCGUUAACGGUUUUGCGAGUGCAGCUGAAACAGAAGUUAUUGCGAGCGAGCUAUCUGACUUGGUCAAUUAUAUGCGUGCAAUGGGUAAACUAAACUCGUUUGCUGAUUGUGAAGCAAAGCAGAUGAGUUCUGAAAUGUUCUCAAUGACAGAAACUCGUGCUAAUGAACUUGUGAAGCAGAACCCGGAACAGUUCGUAAAUCAUAACAAACGGCAGAUUACUCGAGUUUACCCUAAAGGAAAGCGUGUCGAUUCAAGCAACUUCUGGCCUAUUGUGGGUUUUAUUCGUCUUUGGAAUGCACUCUUGAACAAAUUCUGGAACUGUGGCAUACAGAUGGCAGCCAUGAAUAUGCAAACACCGGGUGUACAAUAUCAAAUGAACAGUGCAUUUUUCGAGCAAAAUGGUCGCUCUGGCUACGUUUUAAAGCCAAAUCCAAUGCGUAAAGCUGAUUCGAAAUUCAAUCCUUUCGAAGCAGGAAGCUUUGAUCUCGUGGUGCCGGCAUCUCUCUCCCUCACUGUGAUCUCAGGCCAGAUGCUAUCUUUUGUAUGCGACAAAAAACCUUCAACUUAUGUUGAAGUAACAUUCUAUGGCCACUUUCGUGAUAUGUCAACGUUUUCAAAGCGGAAGUACCGCACAAGGACUGUUUCUGACAAUGGAAUCAACCCGUUAUAUUCUGACUCAUUGUUUAAAGAAGAAUUCAAAUUUGAAAAAGUAAUUUUUGCUGUUAGUAAUUGGCAUCGGAUAAAAAAGCUUUUCAAAGUUAUAUUUGGGAAAAUGAUUAGUCAUUUUCAGAUUAUUUUCCCAGCCUUAGCAUCAAUUCAGUUGGCCCUAUAUGAGGAGGGAGGGCGAUUGAUAGGGCAAAGUUUUUUGCAGGUAUCUAUUUUAAAUACUGUAUCAAACGUUUUGACGUUCAGUCUUGACCAUCAAUUGCUUAAUGGUUCCAUAUAUAAUUUUCUGGUGCGCUCAAUACAGCCUGGUUAUCGUCACAUUAUCCUCCGGAACAAUUUUUAUAGACCAAUUGGACCUGUAACUCUUUUCUGUUUGUUUCGAGUUCAUGAUUACGUGGAUAAGAAUUGUCAACAGCUAGUUGAAGCACUUCAGAAUCCAAUAGCUGCAGUCAAGAAGGUUCAAGGUCUGAUGCAAGCAGCUUCUGCAGUUUUGGAAAAUCCAAAGGAAACGAUUAAGAUACGUGAGUCAAUGUUGUCGGCUUUGGAGGAGAAUGACGCACCAAUAACAGCGGAAGUAAUUCGAAGUGAGACGAGUGAUGAUCCAAAUGAAUUGAAUUCAAGUUUUGACAAAGUGAGUCUGAUGGGUGACAGUACUAGAGACGUUUUAAACGGUGGAACUUUCCCAGAAGAGUUGCACCUUUUAAGUGCAGAAAAACGACAGCAACAAUCUAUGAACUGUCGUCUGAAAAAGAAAUUUUACAUCCAAGAUAUGAAGUUACCGUUUCCUAUGCUGCAAGAUUUUGUGUUAAACAAAAAGGUUCAAAAGCUGGAAAAGAAUUUUCAAAAGAAGAAUCCCUGUUGUGUUGAAAAGUUGGAAGAUAUUCCAGAUAGUUUGGCAUCAACAAGGGUGGAGAAACUCGGGGACAACUUCUUGUCCGCUUUUCUUAAAUAUGAAAAAGAGAGGAGCGAGGCUAUUAUAGCUUUGGCAGAUCAGAAGAAAAAGAAGUUGGUUAAGCUUGUCGACAUGGCUCAUAAAAGCGAGUCGAAGCAGCUGAUGAAGUUGAAUCAGGAAAAACGCUCAGAGGAGGUUGCUGGAUUGACAACAAAAACUACAGAGAAGAUUGAAGAACUGAGGGAGAAGUAUGUGAAAAUUGGAACUGAGGAACAAAGGCGUUUGAAUCGUGUCAGAGAGGAUCGGAUUCGGGAGAUAGACCAAAAGUUUGAACUUCUGAAGUUGGAGGUGAACGUCAACAUGGAAACUGUAAAGGGUCAGAAAAAUGAACGCUUCACUGCUGAAAGGCUGCACAAAAACACUGGAUUAACAGCACUCGUUUGCUCCAAAGAUUGUGAUCUUCUAGAUGGGGCCUGUUUUGUGGCUGUUUUCUUGCGUGGUUUUACGGAGCAUUUUUUUUGUGUGCGUUCUUUGGGGAUCCCACGCUUUGGGAGUGUUUUUGGUGGCAUGGAGGACGUGCUGUAA